AUACCGUCCUUCUCAUCCUGGCAUUUACGGUAUUAUUGGUUUAGUACACAUGGAUGCACCAAUGCACACUAGAAUAUACACAGCAAAGUAAUUUGCUAAUACAACACCUUCAAGUAAGCAUUUUACAUCACAUCCAGCAGGUAAGAGAUUUGAGGCCGCUAUUUUCCAUCUUUCAUGAGUGCUAGGACUGGCUUUAUUCAUACGGCAGUGGAUAACUCGACAUAAUUACCUCCUGAAGGUAUGCUAGCCAUUUACUUAUAUGAAGGUCAUGUGGUGGUAACCAGCACUGAACAAGUUUUUAUUUAUUCAUUUUUUUUGCAGCAGUCAACCCAGCCAGCCAAACUUUUCGCUCUUUCUCAUUCGGCUGCAUACCUAUAUAAUCGUUAUGCAACAGCAUAAUUGGUUCUAGUGGUACAGUCAUGUCAGAGAAUAUACAACACUUUCCUCCAACUCAUAAUCCUCAGGACAAUCCCAUAGCAUAUGUUUGUAUAUGUCAAGUGAAUUGAGGAUACAUGGGUCACAGUAUGGGCUUUAUGCCUGUUUUGCAUUAAAUAAUUUUGCUGAUUUAAAAAAUAAUGGAAAGAUCUGUUUUAGGCUAAGGCUCUAACAUAACAAUGUGGAGAAAGUCAAGGGGUCUGAAUACUUUCUGAAGGCUGUGUGUGUAUAUAACAGAAUGUCAUCUGCAUAUACAGUGGCUCUUACUUUAGAAGUUUAGACUUUAUGCCACAACCAUUUUUAGUAGAUGGUGGCAGAUUGUGGUAAAUUCUGUCAUUGCACCACACUAUCACAAGGGGGAGUUAGAACGCUGAUCUAUCGGUAGUCUAAACUGGCACAAAUGAACUGUCUUGUGUUUUCAGUCAGAGUUCCUCUUCUCUGGCACUAAUAUCCUGAGAUAUGGGGGUGUUACACUUGACAUGGAAUGACAGUCCAGUGAGGAUUUGUCAGCAUAGAACUGUGACUCAUUUAUAGGGAUAUGAUACGAGAGGAACAUUUUAAUCCGUAUAGGAGAAGAAAUUAUAUUCUGAUGUUGUGUUAAAGGCUUUAGCAACAAAAUUAAUAAUGUUGGGGAUACAUAGGGAAUGGACUUGAGUGUAUGCCAUUCGUAGAAUCCAUCGCAACAGGGAUAGCAUAACACACAAACCAUAUCGAUAAAAUUAUUUCCCAAACCAAAUUUCUCCAAGUCCACAAGUACUGCCUGUCAAAAGCCUAAUCGGCUUCUAGAGACAGCACACUGUGUCCUGCUGUUUUGUUUUAAUGUAUUACAUGCAUUAAUCAACUGACAUUGGCAACUGCAAGGUGGCCUUUCAUACAUCCUGACUGGUCCAUUUGAAUCAACUUAUCCAAACACUUCCAUCUGUAAUGCCAAUACAAGAUAUCAGAUGAUAAUUUGCACAAUCUUUGAUCUUUCCCUUUCUUUGGCAGUAGAGGGCUCCCGAGUGGCGCAGCGGUGUAAGACUAUGCAUCUCAGUGCAAGAGGCGUCCCUGGUUAGAAUCCAGACUGUAUCAUAGCCGUCUGGUUGGGAGUCCCAUAGGGCGACUCACAAUUGGCACAGCGUUAGCCGCGGUAGGCCGUCAUUGUAAAUAAUAAUUUUCUCUUAACUGACUUUAAAUAAAUUGAGAUUAAUGCAGAGUGUAUGCUCAUGAGAAAAAUAAUUAUAUCGUUCAUAAAAUGCCCUAAAAAUGUAGUAACACUUCAGGUGGAAUGCCAUUCGUCCCAAGUGACUUAACCUUUUUUUUUUCACCUUUCAGUGCUGACUCCAAUUCUAAGAAUGAGGGCUCGGCUCAGAUCCGCAGAUUGCUUCUCAUACAAUACAGACAAAUCAAGAUUAUGUAAAAACUGCUUGCAUUUGUCUAGCUCCAACUGGAUAGAAUAUUUAUAUAACUCCUUUUAAAAACACUGAAAUGUUGCAUUUCCUGUGGAACAGAAAGUAAGCCUUUUGACAGGGAUUGAAUAGUCUAUAGAAGUACAAGAUUCACUUAGUUUAAAUUAAGGCUCGAAGCCUGCUUGGCUUGCUCCCAUUUAAAGUAAUAGUUCUACCUCUAUGCAUGAGCUCAGCUCUCCUCUUUUUAAAUCAUUCAGUUCGUUUAACCACCUUCAAAUCAUUGACAUUAUUUGCAUAAUUCCUUUUCAGGAUCUUUUCAAGUGCUACAUUUUUUUUCUUCCAAUAACUUGAUUCUGUGAUUCCUGGCUUUGAGGUGAGAUGCCAAAUAUAUUAUGUAGUCUCUGAUAAACCCUUUAGUUAGCCAUCCAUAUAAACCUCGGGUACUCAACAGAGUCCUUGAUUAUGAUUUUUUUAAAGAAUUCAACUAUUUUGGCUUGAAAUUCAGCCACAAACGAUUCGUUUUGAGGAAGGGUUGUAAUUAAAACGCAAAUGUUUUAUUCACAAAGCUCACAUCCACUUGGGUAACUAGGGGAUUAUGAUCUGAAAGAGUCGCAGGAAAUAUUUCUAUUGGCGUGACGCACAUGCUUAGAGUACGCUUGAAUAGAAAACUAUCAAUUCAACAGUAUGAUUUUGUGAUAUGCAGGAAAAACAUGCCCGCAUUCUAAACUCGCCACUCAUCAGCAAUAUUGAGAUGUUCCGUCAUUGCGUUAAACGCUAAUGAUGCUGAUUGUUGGGCAUGUGAAAACGUUUGCGUGGAUCUAUCAAGCUUGAUAUUCAAAACUGCAUUCAUAUCUGCCCUUAUGACCAAUUCGCACUCAGUGUUAACAAUUAUUUGGUAAGCCCAGGGAAAAAGCUGUCCUCAAACAGCAGGUGCAUAGAUACACAUGCUACUUUCUUGUCCUAUAUAGACAUGCAAAUGUAAGCUAAGCGGCCUGAAGUGUCCUUGCCAGUCUGUGUUAACUAAAGCUAAAUUCCCUUUAUUAAAAAUAACUGCGCCUUUGGACAUAGAGGCUCCACUAGUCGAAGCAGCAACUUAUACACCUUAUACUGCAAGUGAGUGACAUCAUCUGCUCGCAAAUGACAUUCCUGGGUAAAGGCAUUAAGUCUAAACAUUUAGUUCUCUUAAUUUUCACAUUGAAACCAGACAUUCAGGCUUAGGAGACAGCUUAACCAUUGUCAAAAACAAACCUGUCAAUUACAGGUUGAACUAAGUGGUUCAGAUUUGCCUUCGAUAAGCAGUGACAUGUAACCGAGAAGUACCCGCCAGACACCCUCUCUGUUUCUGAGAAAUGUAACAUCCACAAAACUUAGGUCUCCAGAACUCGGGACUAAAUCAAAGGCCAUAUAACCAAGUGAAAUUACACUUGUGCUGUGCAGCCAAACUUAAACAAAAACUGGCUAGUGGUUUAGGGAAAUGGAUGCACAAUGAGGUGAUAAACACUAAUCACCCCAAAAGCUAGCAACAUCAACCCCCUACUAAUCACGGUCCAACUUCAACCUGCCUCCAUUUCAGUGUCGUUGAAAAAUUAGGUUACCCGGUUUGCUACAAAUCCAUGAGUUCAAACAGUGAACCAUAUAUUUAUAAAAAUAAAAAAAAUCCGGUACUGAAUUCUGAAAUCCAAUAAUCAACCGAUUGAACCAGCCGCCAGUGAGCUAAUAUUAAGCCUUAUCUCCAAAUGUGAAAGAAAGCGUCCUACAUAUUUUUUUGGGGUGCUGGUACUUUGCUUCAUCUUUACCUCCCAGUUGCUCCCGUUUCAUGGGGGGUGUAGACCUGUCGCUGGGCAGACUUUUCUGAAAUUCCUGCCCCUCUUGCCGAGAUGGAGAGCUGCUCAUUGUUGAAAGAGGCAAAGAAGUGGCAGGAGAGGAAAGAGGCCCUGGAGGCCUUGGCGAUGCUGGCUAAACACCCCAAACUGGAUAAUGGCGACUAUGGCGAUGUGGUUCGAGCACUCAAAAGGGUCAUUGGUAAAGACACCAAUGUCAUUCUGGUGUCGCUCGCUGCAAAAUGCCUGGCUGGAUUGGCCUUCGGACUCAGGAAGAACUUUGGGACUUACGCAGGCAAUGUGGUGCCAACAAUUUUGGACAAAUUUAAGGAGAAGAAACCUGCUGUGGUCCAGUCCCUGCAAGAGGCCAUCGACGCAGUCUUCCUGACGACCACUCUCCAGAACCUGAGCGAGGACAUGCUGGCUGUGAUGGACAACAAGAACCCGUCCAUCAAGCAGCAGGCCUCUCUGUUCCUGACCAGGAGUAUCCGUCUUUCUACACCUUCCACCCUGCCCAAGAGCCUGCUCAAACCCCUCUGUGCUGCCCUGCUCAAGCAAGUGAAUGACCCUGCUCCAGAGGUGAGAGAUGCUGCGAUCAUGGCUCUAGGCACGGCCAUGAAGGUGGCGGGAGAGAAGGCGCUUAACCCCUUCCUAGCAGACCUCGACAAACUCAAGGUUGACAAGAUUAAAGCGAUUGCGUCCAAUGUGGAGCUGGCAGGAGGAAAGAAAGGAGGAGGAGCGGAGAAAGGGAAACCUGGCACCAAGGCACAGUCUGAGGUCCCAGCCAAACCCGCAGGGCCCCCCAAAAAUGCCCCUUUGUAUAAGAAAGGGAAGCCUGCAGCAGAAGGUGGAGCCAAGAGUAAGAAGCCUGCUGAAACAAAAGAGAUCGUGGAGACUGAGCUCUCAGUGGAGGUGUGUGAUGAGCUGGCUGCAGAGGUGCUGCCUGCCUCCUGUGUAAAGAUGCUGGACAGCUCCAACUGGAAGGAGAGGCUGGCCAGCAUGGAGGAAUUUUACCAGGUUGCGGAGCAGAUGGACAUCAGUGCGAUGCCAUGUCAGGCUCUGGUCCGCAUGCUGGCCAAGAAACCUGGCUGGAAGGAGACUAACUUCCAGGUGUUGCAGCUAAAGCUCCAGGUGGUGGCAGUGGUGGCCCAGAGGGGCAGGUUCUCUAAGACGUCUGCCUCUGUGGUGCUGGAUGCCCUGGUGGAGAAGGUGGGAGACGUCAAGUGUGGAGGGAAGGCCAAGGAUGCCCUAACGGCCAUAGGAGAGGCCUGCUCUCUCUCCUGGAUUGCUGAACAGGUUGUGUCAUUGGCCUUUGCCCAGAAGAACCCGAAAAACCAAGCUGAGACACUGAACUGGCUGGCCAAUGCCAUGAAGGAAUUUGGCUUCACAGGAAUCAAUGUGAAAGCUUUUAUCAACCAUGUCAAGACUGCUUUGGGUGCCUCCAAUCCCGCUAUACGAGCAGCAGCCAUCUCUCUGCUGGGGGUGAUGUAUCUGUACAUGGGCGCCUCACUGCGUAUGUUCUUUGAGGACGAGAAGGCAGCACUGCUUGCUCAAAUCGACGCAGAGUUUGAGAAGAUGCAGGGCCAGACUCCUCCUGCCCCCACUAGAGGCGCCAUCAAAAGGACAGGGGGACAGGAGGAGGGAGAAGAGGCCAAGGAAGAAGAGGUUGCAGGUGACAUCAUGGACCUCCUGCCUCGCACUGACAUCAGUGAUAAGAUCACAGAGGACAUGGUGUCCAAGGUGGGCGAUAAGAACUGGACUAUCCGUAAGGAGGGUUUGAAUGAGGUGGCUGCAGUUCUCUCUGAGGCCAAGUUAAUCAAGCCCAGCUUGGGAGACCUGCCCAUCACACUGAAGGGACGCCUCAGUGACUCCAACAAGAUCCUGGUCCAGCAGACCCUGUCGAUCAUGCAGCAGAUGGCCACUGCCAUGGGCCCUGCCCUCAAACAGCAUGUCAAGACCCUGGGCAUACCAGUCAUCACUGUGCUGGGGGAUAUUAAGAACACAGUUCGUGCUGCGGCCAUGGCCACCCUGAACUCCUGGGUGGCGCAGACUGGUAUGAAGGAGUGGCUGGAAGGAGAAGAGCUGUCUGAAGAGCUGAAGAGGGAGAAUCCUUUCCUCAGACAGGAGGUGCUUGGCUGGCUGGCAGUGCAUCUGCCCACCAUGCGCUCAGUGCCCUCCGAUCUCAUGCUGUGUGUGCCCCCCCUGUUCGGCUGCCUGGAGGACCGCAACGUUGACGUAAGGAAGCGAGCCCAGGAUGUCCUGCCUGUCUUCAUGAUGCACCUGGGCUUCGACAAGAUGAACAAGGCCACAGGCAAACUGAAGCCUGCCUCUAAGGACCAAGUGGUUGCCAUGCUGGACAAGGCCAGGGAUGUGAUGCCUGCUAAAUCAGCUGGUCCUGCUAAAGCUGCCCCCACCAAGCCUGUAUCCAGUGUCCACCCAGCCAAAGCCCUUGCAGCUUUGAGCAAACCCCAGGCUCCCAUUGAAGAGUAUGCAGUUGCCGACCCAAAGAAAGCCAAGCCAGGGACACUACCGGCCAAAGGAAAGGCUACUGCUGGGAAGAAGCCCUUGGGUAAGGGUAAAGAAGAGGAGGACAAGUCUGGUCCCAUCUUCACCAUGGUGCCCAACGGCAAGGAUCUACGUGUCAAAGACGAGAAGAGCUUGAAGACGCUAAAGUGGAACUUUGGGUCUCCUCGCGAUGAGUAUGUGGAGCAGCUUAAAGUUCAGAUGGCUCCCUGUGUGGCCAAGUGGCUUCAGGAGGAACUCUUCCACCAUGACUUCCAGCACCACAUCAAGGCCAUCAACUCCAUGAUAGAGUGUCUGGAGGAAGAACACGAGGCAACGGUGGCCUGCCUAGACCUGGUCCUGAAGUGGUACACGCUGCGCUUCUUUGACACAAACACCAGUGUGCUGAUGAAGGCCAUGGAGUACCUGAAGCUUCUUUUCCUCAGCCUCAGCAAGCACAACUACCACCUCAGUGAACAGGAGGCCAACUCCUUCAUCCCCUACCUCGUCCUCAAGGUGGGGGAGUCUAAAGAUGUGGUUAGGAAGGACGUGCGAGCCAUCAUGGGCAUGCUGUGUAAGGUCUACCCGGCCAGCAGGAUGUUCCCUUUUCUCAUGGAGGGAACCAAAUCCAAGAACUCCAAACAGAGAGCCGAGUGCUUGGAGGAGCUGGGUUGUCUCAUUGGAUUUUACGGCAUGUCUGUCUGCCAGCCGACUGCCGCCAAGUCCCUGAAAGAGAUUGCUGUACACAUUGGAGACCGAGACACGUCCGUCCGCAACACAGCCCUCAAUACCGUGGUGGCGGUCUACAACGUCUGUGGCGAGCAAGUCUACAAACUCAUCGGACAUCUGUCGGAGAAGGACAUGAGCAUGUUGGAGGAGAGGAUCAAACGCUCAGCGAAGAAGACCCUAGCCUCCACAGCCCCUACCCCCAAACAGGGGGAAGAGAAGGCUCUGCCCACUCACCCCAAUGCCAGCCUUCCACAGAAGCCCUCCAACAGAGCGCAACCCCCUAUAAAACUCAGUCAGAUCCGUCUGAAUGCUCUGGUCCAGUCCCAGCAGGCUGAGCCCUCCCAUGUUUGCCCUGUUGGGGAGUUCCAUCUGGACCUGGAUCUGCUGGAGCAGCUGGAGAGUGACCAAACGUCUGUUGUGCUGCCUGAUCUGGUUAAACACAAACUAGGGGACUUGCUAGACCCUGUUAUCAUCCCAGAGCCCAAGCUUCGCACAGUUCCCACCCACUUUGAUGAGCUGCACGCAGGUCCCUCCUCCACCAUCAACCUGGUUAUCUCCCAGGUGGCCUCUGGUGAUAUUAACACUAGCAUGAAGGCCCUUGCACAGAUAGACGAGGUGCUUCGUCAGGAAAGCAUUGCGGAGGUGAUGGUUGGUCACACAGAUCAGUUCCUCAUCGCUACCUCCCUCCAGCUCCGUCUGGCCCACAGCACACACAUGGCUGACACACGCCUUCCCAGGGAGGACAUCUUCAAACUCUACAGCUGUGCCAUUGGAAACAUGCUUACAUUGUUUGGUGUGGCGCGGCUGGCAAGGGAAGCCUCCAUGGGGGUGCUUAAGGACCUUGUCCAGGGUCUGUUGACAGUUCUGCUGGACCCCCGGAUGGAGGAGAGCCAGGAGGGACAGCAGCUCAUCCGCUCUGUUAACAUGCUGCUGAGACGACUCUUCGAGGCCUCAGACCAGACCAACAUACUCAGUGCUCUUCUGGUGCUACUGCAGGACAGCCUCCUGUCCUCUGCUGGCUCCCCCAAAUUCUCUGAACUCAUCAUGAAGUGUCUAUGGCGUAUGAUCAAGUUCCUACCAGACACCAUAAACAGUCUUACUCUGGACAAGAUCCUGCUGGAUGUGCACAACUUCAUGAAGCUCUUCCCCAAAGACCGCCUGCGGAAGCUCAAGACUGACAUGCCCCACCGCACGCUCCAAACUCUGCUACACACACUCUGCCGCCUUGCAGGGCCCACGAUCCUGGAUCACCUGUCACUGAUUGAGGACAAGAGUGAGUCUGAAUUGGAGGCUCAUCUGAAGAGGGUUGUCAAGUCUGCCAAGACCGACACAGAGACUGCACACAUGGUUCCCAAAUCAAAGGAUGCAGAGGUGUUGGGGGAGAUCUUCAAAAAGAUCUCUUCCAAGGAGAACAGCAAAGAGGGUGUGUCUAAGCUCUGGGAGUUUAAGCAGAGACACCCUGAGGUGGACCUUGCCUCCCACCUGAAGAAGCUCCCACAGACAUUUCAGACCUUUGUAGAGCAUAGCCUGAACACACUCUGCACAGAGAGAGGAGACAAGGCCAGGACACCAUACCCCACCACAGGUACACACAACAGAGAGGGUGUUGGUCUGGAGCCUACUCCUGGCAGAGACGAGCUCAGACCCUCAGUCUACCAGGAGCGACUUAAGAUACUCAGACAGCUGCAUGGCCUGGAGAACAACAACAAGCCUCAGCAGAGGGAGGGUGAGGACGAGCGCGCCGCUCUUCUCUCCAAGCCCCCCGUGGCCCCCUCUAUGGAUGUGCUCCAGAGCAAGAUGUCCCAGAUCCUCCACAACCGCCAAUCACAAGACCAGCGCCGCCCACAGAGCCCCACCCGGCCUGCUGACUCCGGCUCCACAGGCAACCUAGCUGACCUCAUGAAGAGACUCCAGAAGAUCAAGGGCAACCAACAAUAAACUAGCCUGAGUGCCAGUCUGUUUCUGCUCUUGCCAACUCCUUAUGAAAUUGUCAUGCCAAACAUCCCGUUUGGCUUGACAAUGACAAAAGAGUUCAAUAAGGGUGCAAUCGUCAAAAGGCGUCUGCUCUCUUAAGGGAUGCUGGUGGCGUAAAGGACAAAUGCACAAAUGGAGUGUUUGAGAGGUGUAUGCAAUCCGUCAUUGCCAAUGAAGGUGAGGUGUGUGUGGUGAAUGUUUGUAUGGGUUAUGUUUUGUGUUUUAUAAAUAAAGUUUGACAAAUAUC